UCCUCAUUUCCUGUUCGCGGGUCGUUUAAACGGGUCGGAUUUGAUCCGGGGGCGUUUCUCUCUCCCCUCCUCGAUCACCAUCGGAAAGCUCCCGGCGAUUUUGUCUAUCUCCGGCGAUCUCUUUCGCCGCAAACGGUCUGACCAGAUCGUCGACGUUCGUCCAUGAUCGAAGAAUGGACAAGGUAGUGGAGGCUGUUGAGGAAGUGAAGAAGGAAUGGGGUGAGGCGUAUGUCAAAACCCAAGAGCAUAUAAAGGCAAUUGAGGAGUAUGGGAAGUCAAGAGAGGAGAAGAAUUCACUUCCAAGGUUGAAUGGUCUGGCGCAGGAUGGCUUGGCUCUGUUGAAUUCACUGCAGUUUAAACUUGAUCUUCUCGCCCCACAGCUGCCUGCCAUCGACUCAGUUGAAUCUGCCAAGUCGUUGCUCGAGUCAUGGAAGACCCAGAGCCAAAACUUGCGAAUGAGGUUGAGGAAUGCUAAUUUGCAAGCAAGGGCUAAUCUGAAGAAGGCUGCACAAGAAGAGAGAGAACUGCUUCUUGGUGGCGGAGAAGAAUCAACAAUUCGGAGACGCAAUUUACAGACAAAGGCUGGAAUGACAUCUGCUGCAGAAAGUAUCACAGAGAGCCUUCGCCGCACUCGUCAGCUGAUGGUCCAGGAGGUGGAACGGAGUGCAAAUACGCUCAUGACUGUUGAGGAAUCAACUGGAGUCUUAAGGAAGGCUGAAAGUGAGUACAAGGGCCACCGUUCGUUGUUGAUGCGCACCCGAAGCCUACUUUCUACAAUGCGACGUCAAGAUGUGAUUGACAGGAUAAUAAUUGCUGUUGGAUUUAUCUUGUUCUCAUGUGCUGUUCUAUAUGUCUUUUCGAAACGCAUCGGGCUACUGAAAUUGCAGAGGAAGGUCACAGCUGCCCUGAAGGCUGGUAUGGCAGGACAGGCAGAGAUUGGAGUUAGAGGCAACCAAGAGGGGAUCAAUAUUCCCCAUGUCGUCGAUAAUGUAAUUGCCAAUUUGGAUCUGCCUUUGGAUAGACCAAUGCACGACGAACUUUGAGUUUCUCUCUGUGCUUUCCAGAGUACAAUUUUCAAGUGGGUUCUGCUCACUUGGGGAAAAUUCAUUUUCAUGGACAAGGAAGAUGGAGUGACAUCCCAAAUCUUCUGUCUCAAUGGUUAUGCUUAGGUUUAGGGACUGACUUUGUUGCGUCUUAGUUAAAGUGUACAGACAUUGUGCCUCACCUUGAGUCCGCAUUUUAGGUUUCUCACUCAAAAUGGAUGAAUCUUUGCAAAAUUUUGCCCGUGCGUGUAACACAGUCUCUGUUACUCGUGUAGCAUGUGACUAUAUGGUUGAUAUAUUAAUUCUAUUUUUUCUGAGAAAAACUUUCGAGA